AGCCAUUUCGGUAGAGUUUGGCGCGCACACACACUUCUCUCUCUCCAUUAAAUUCAAGUCCAACAAAUACUUUGUUUCUCCUAGACAGCACUGUGCAUUGAAUUUAUUAUACAUACGGUACAGGGUCCUAUAUCACAUGUUAUAACUUAUAUAACACACACACACACACACACACUAGUGAGAUUCUUGGAAAAUAUGGGGUCAUGGUUUGGAAGAUCAAGAAGCAUCCCAUAUUUGCUCAAGAGAAACAUUUCUUCCUUUGACAAGAGGUGUUCAUCAACUCAUUCUUUCUUACUUGCAAAUUCUUCUUACAAAAGCCCUCAUGGAUUCUCUAUUUUGUCGUUCCGCCGGUCGGAAUCCGCCAUGGCCGGAAAACAAGCUCAAGCUGUAGCUUACACCGAUGAUGAUGUUGAUGAUGAAAACCAGGUAACUAAUUUGUGUCAUUUCUUGCUCAUCCAUCAAUUUGUGCAUGCAGUCUUUUGUUUAAUCACGUUUUGAUCAAUAGAAUUUCAAUUCGAGAAAAAUUCAGAAAAAUCAAAAUUAAGUUUGUGUAUUUAUAGACUAAUAUUCCAUUAUUGGUGGCUUUGAUUGAAUAUUGGGGCCAAAAAAUGUAUAUCCAUAAACGGAGAAGCAAUAAAGAAAUAAUAGGGGGGUCCAUUACGAAAAGAAGGAAAAUAGAUGGAAGAAAUCAAAAUGAGCAUUGCGAAGCCACUGAGAACAGAGUUGCCUGUUAUCGCGUUCUCGACGAUCAUGGCUAUCCCAUUGCAGGCACUACAUUUGACCAGGUGGAUGAAGAAACGGCAGUGAGGAUGUACAAAAGCAUGGCGAGCCUUGAAAUAAUGGAUAGCAUCUUCUAUGAAGCGCAACGACAAGGGCGGGUGUCGUUCUACUUGACCUCAACAGGGGAGGAGGGCAUCAGCGUUGCGACAGCUGCUGCUCUCUCGCCCCACGACAUUAUAUUACCACAGUAUCGUGAGGCUGGAAUCCUGUUGUGGCGCGGUUUCACCAUCCAAGACUUCGCCAACCAGUGCUUUGGGAAUGAAGAUGAUCAUGGGAAAGGAAGGCAGAUGCCGGUGCAUUAUGGCUCCAACCACCUCAAUUUCUUCACUGUUUCAUCACCUAUCGCGACGCAGCUGCCUCAAGCUGCAGGCGUUGCUUACUCUCUCAAGAUGGACGGCAAGGAUGCGUGCGCGGUUGCUUUCACGGGGGAUGGUGCCACCAGUGAGGGAGAUUUUCAUGCUGCUAUGAAUUUUGCAGCAGUGAUGGAAGCCCCUGUGUUGUUCAUAUGCCGCAACAAUGGAUGGGCUAUAAGCACACCUAUUUCACAGCAGUUUAGAAGCGAUGGUGUUGUUGUGAAGGGGCAGGCGUAUGGAAUUCGAAGCAUUCGCGUGGACGGGAACGAUGCUCUCGCUGUUUAUAACGCCAUUCGUGCAGCUCGGGAGAUGGUCGUCCGCGAACAGAAGCCGGUGCUAGUCGAGGCACUUACAUAUCGAGUAGGGCACCACUCGACAUCGGACGAUUCCACAAAAUACCGAUCACUGAAGGAGAUUGAGGAGUGGAGAAGAAGCAGAAAUCCAGUGACAAGAUUCAGAAAGUGGGUUGAAAGUAAGUGUUGGUGGUCAGACGAGGAAGAAGCCCAGCUUCGUGGGACCCUCCGGAAGCAGGUGUUGAAAGCCAUUCAAAUCGCGGAGAAAAUCAAGAAACCGUGUCUUGAAGAUCUGUUCAGCGAUGUGUACGAGCAGGUGCCGUCAAAUCUGCGACAACAGGAGAAAUCUCUCAGACAAACCAUCAACAAACACCCACAAGAUUUCCCAUCUGAUGUGCCUCUUCAUUAACUCUUGUAAAUUCAUUUCACCAACAUUCUCUAUUAUAUGCACAAUGUGCAAAUAUAAAUAACCCACUAUCACUAUUGGAAUAUCGUCACAACUCAUGUCUUCAUUUCGAGGUAUAUAAAUAUAACUAAUUAAGGACCAAA